GACCUGGUCUAACGGGACCUGGUCUAAUGUGACCUGGUCUAACGGGACCUGGUCUAGGGGGACCUGGUCUAACGUGACCUGGUCUAGGGGGACCUGGGCUAAUGUGACCUGGUCUAACGGGACCUGGUCUAGGGGGACCUGGUCUAACGUGACCUGGUCUAGGGGGACCUGGUCUAAGUCUUUAUGAAACAACUCAUUACAGGGAAAUGUUAUAACCUCACUCCCUGGAAACGGGCGCCACCUUGUGGCAUAAAUGGUACUUCAAUCAAGCCAUGCUUUCUGCAACACCAGAUAUGACGUCACACCAGAUAUGACGUCACAACAACCUCACAUGUACAGAUCCUUCAGAAUAAUGUCUCACAUUUGUAAUAGUCAAUACAAUCAUCGAACGCGUGUUUCACACACACACCUCUCCCGCUGACCGUGAUGACCACAACAUGACGUCACUUAAAGAGCAGCUCAGCUUGAUGCUCCUUCUCUUCAUCUUUACACAACUCUCGUGACCGUGGCAGCAGCGAUACAUGCACAGCAGGUAUCAGAAACAGGUUCUCUUAUUCUGAAAGUCAUACCGGAAGUGGUCCUGUAGCUGAGGAACAGGCGUGAGGCGGAGAAGCAGAGACCUCAUCGACCGGAGACCACAGACCGGAUCCUCCUCUCAAACAGUCGUGUCCGUCAGGAUGGAAGUGGACCUCAGCGCCGGGUCUCGGGCCCACGGGUCCAGCCUCCCUCCACCUGAAGCCAAAGCCACGUUGAAGCCAGAGGCAGAGAGACCUCGCUGUGCCAGCACCCCGUGCUCCCCCAUCCGAGGGUACCAGAUCCUCCACAUGGAUUCAAACUACCUGGUGGGCUUCACCACGGGCGAGGAGCUGCUCAAGCUGGCCCACAGGUGGUCCGAAGGCCCCCCAGAGAAGGGUUCGGUACCCGAGGCCGUGACCGGCUCCGCCGAGAGCCCCGUCCCCAAGUCGGUGGACUCGGGCGUCCACCGGCCUUCACGAGUCUGCAAAGGCAAAAGCCGGUUCUACCAACCCUACGACAUCCCCGCCGCCAACGGGCGCCGGCGGCGGCGGAUGCCGAGCUCCAGUGAGACCUUCCUCAGGGAGCCGGGGAGGGGUCUGCACGCCCCGCUGCCCCUCUGCCUGCUGAAAGGGAAGAGGGCCCAGUCCAAGUCCCUGGACUACCUUAACCUGGACCGGAUCGGCAUCAAAGAGUCCUCCGACACCGAGGGGCUGCAGUACCAGCUGCAGCACCUCACCCUGCGGGGGGAGCGCCUGUUCACCAGGAACAAAACUUGAAGGCAGCGCCCCCUGCAGGCGCCGGCCCCCUCUUUGCGAGGUUCACGGGCUCUCGACCUAGAAGAUGAUUAUAUGAUUAUCGGAGUCGGACCUGUACUGGACUCGUACAGUCGUGGAGGAUUUCCUAGAACCGCUCCUGAACUGAGGCAGCUGAGCUCAACGAUGUGAAGUCUUUACAUUUCGCAAUAAGUGAAGCUCUUUGUUGACGUGUUGCGGACUGACGGCCCGUCGGCUUCACAGACUGUUUAUAAAUGACAUUUAACUCCAUAUCCGGAGGACGUGUGUGCUUCACGCACCAGGAAGAGAACCUGUGUAUAGAUUAGACUUCUAAAGGCGUCACUGAGGUCCAACAGCGCCACCCAGCACCCAUGCAGAGCGGUGCGCCUCUAGUUUGGUACUAACCGUGUUUCUGGUCUCAUGAGGUCCCUGGGGUUCCGGCCUCAUGUGGACCACCUGGUUUUUCCCUGGUGGAUGACAGUCAGAGCACCUGGAUAUCGCUCAUUGAGAAGCUCUCCUCGAGCAGAGCACCAGGGGGCCCCCUAGUGGUGUGACCGUGUAUGACCUCCUGAGUGUUGUGGGAGGAAAUGUGAUUUAUUUGUUUUCUAUGGCACUAAAACUAUUUAUUGCAUUAGCGUGUAACAUAUGAAGCCUCUGUGCCAACUUAAUGUGAUGAUGAAUCUUUAAAAAUGAAGUGUGUGUGUGUGCCACCUUAUUCAUUAAUAAUAACAUUAAUUUUCAUUCUUAA